UCAACAGCUAAACUUGAUUUCGUUAGAGCUUAUGAAUUGGAGGUUCAGAAGCAGUGGAAUGAUUCGAAAGAGUUCGAGGUGGAUGCACCAGAGAAUGGAGAUUCGAAUGAGGUCGUGCCAAAGUAUAUGGCAACAUUCCCUUAUCCAUAUAUGAACGGUAGAUUGCACAUUGGACACGUGUUCACCGUCACCAAGGCUGAAUUUAUGUGUCAGUACCAGCGUCUCAAGGGAAAGCGUGUGCUCUUCCCCUUCUCCUUCCAUUGCACUGGCAUGCCCAUCAAGGUCUGCGCCGACAAGUUGAAGUACGAGAUGGAGACCUUUGGAUGUCCCCCAGUAUUCCCAGUCGAUGAGCCAGAGAAGAGUAUGUCAUUCAUUGAUUGA